AUAGGUAAAAAAAANGAGAGGUGCAAUUGAUUCAUCUAUGAUGGCGGUCCAGCGCACCACCGCAUGGGUUGCGCAUAUUUUGUGUAUGUGUCCAAGACAAAACAAAGGAUUUGAUCGGUUCCCGGAUGACAUCUUAGUUAAUAUUUUGAGCAGGCUUCCUGCAGAUGCUGUUCUACAGUGUCGCAAAGUGUGUAGACAUUGGAGGACUCUCACUUCCUCCACCCAUUUCAUCACGGUACAAAACCGUAGAGCUCCCUCCGUCAUUCUUCUUGAGGAAAGCUCACUUGAUUACCUUAAAAAAAGAGGUAGAGAUUAUUAUGUUUAUGAUGCAGUUGCCAAAAAGUUGACCAAGAUUUCUUUCAAGUCUAACCUCGGCUUUAAGGGCCGUGCCCAACAGUUUUAUCCGAUUUCUUUAUACGGUGCUUGUGGUCCCUUACUUCAUUUUAAGGCUUCGGGAUACUACAACUGGUCGUGGGGGGCACACGAGUUUGCUUUCAACCUCUUCACUCGACAACUAGGAGCUAUGAAAACCAGAACAAACCAUUCCGUGCGUGGCCUGUUCUUUAAUGAGCCGAGAAAUGAAUACAAUUAUCUAUGCGCACUCCGGCAUUCUGAAUCUGAUGAAGGUCGUCAGUUUUGUGUGUACAGUUUAGACUCCCGCACCGAUGUGGAAAUCGCCCGGAGCCCUUUCUCAUGCAGUUCAUCAUACUCAAAGAGAAACCCAGUUGUUGUGAACGGAGCUCUGUAUUUGAUGGUGUAUCCCAUUGACAAGGACAAAGAUGAUUGCAUGCACGCGAUACUCGUGUUUGAGAUGGAUUCUGGAAAGUUCUACACUUUGCCGCACCCAGAAUUUGAAUGCCCCCGUACAAAACUUCAUCAUUUGGACAUGUAUUUGUUUGUUCAUGAUGACCGUUUGUGCAUCUCCCAUAGUGACAUGGUGCUGGGGCGACUAGACAUAUGGACUUUGGAGGAUUAUGCAAACUGGUAUUGGGUUCCAUUGUCUUCUACGAUGAGUCUCCCUAUCCCGGAUUGCUCUACGGAGUUCCACCAAUACGUGAUCCAAAACCGUUACGUUAUCCAGAGCGUGCGAAGGGAUGAGUUGUUAGUAUUAUGGGAUCCAUAUUUAUUUCUUGUCAACUUGAAAGAGCAAAGUGUUGAAGAAAUCAAAAUGCCAAUCAGAGGAUCUUUGUAUCAAUAUUUCAAUUUAGUUGCUUACAAGACCACGCUCGCGGCUCCACGCCUAGUUUGGGACGAAAGCAUGCCUCCGCUCUUCAGUCUCUAAUAAGGUUGUGCGCGUUUACUUUGUUCCGAAGUGGGCUAAAGGCGGGGAUACCAUGGAGAUCAUAUUUCACGAUGAACAUGGAACGAGGAUUCACGCUCAUCUCAACUUACCCGAAAAAAAAAAUUUGAAAAUCAAAUCACCGAGGGGGG